AUGGAGUUAUAUUCGACGGUUGCGACGGAUUUGCAUUUCCAAAAGCCAGUUUUGAUCACACUGGACGUUAUUCUAGUUUAUCUCGUUUUGGGUAGGUUUCAUGAAACUACAAGUUUUCCAUACGGGUUAAUUUUUUUUGGAAGUCAUUAGAAGUUUUCAAAACAGCAAAGAAAAAAGAACUCGAACAGAAUGGGAUAAAAACUAAAUCAAAUUUUGGAGAAUUUCUCACGCAAUUUUAUUAUUCGUUCCCUUAUUUUUCCUCAUCGGCCUCUGAUCUAAAUUCGAGUAUCGACUUUCAACAAUUCCAUUUUUGAAUAAAAUAAAGUUGAGAAAAUAUUCUCAAAACUAGAUGAUUUUUUUUCUGAACUUCAAAUCAAGGAGUUCUCAUUUUCCAAAAGCCUCUCUUCGAAAUCGAAAAUCUAGCUGAUGCACAAAAAAUGACGAAAAAGGUUAUUAAACUGGAACUAGAACAAAAAAUCGUUCAUUUUUUUCAGGGCCAAUAGUGAUCGCUCUGAAUGCGCCCCUGACGAUCUACUUGAUCACGACGGUGACUCGAGAAAAGAAAGAACUUUUCAUGAUGAUUAUCCUGUCCAUGUGCGACAUCGCGUUGGCCACCGAGGGGAUCGCCUCCGUUUCCUACACUUUUUUUCGCUUUGGAUCAUGGUUCGUUUCAAAAUGAACAGAUUUUUUUGGGUUCAGAAUAGCAGAGAAAAAUGCAGAAAAAUGAGUAAAAAAAUAACCUAAAAAAAUUAUUUAAACUGAAAAAAACCAACUUAAAAAUUUUUUUCCAACAAAAAAAUAUGAGUUUUUUUCUAUCUCAAUCUUCUUUUUAACUUGAAGGUGAAGUUGUGAAGUUGAACUCCAAGUAUUGUUAGAUUUUUUUAAGAGACCAUUAUUUUUUUCUACUUGAUGAGUAUAUUCAAAAUGCUGAACUUUUGAAUAAUUACAAACCCCACUUUUCAUUUGGAGCUUUUUCGAUCAAAAUAAUUUCCAGAAUCUCACAACGUAUUACGAAUGGAAUGCGCCUUGAGACCCGUUACCAUGAUGGUUACCUUUUCAAUUCAGGUGAAAUUUUCUAACCUCCUUAUAGAUGAGUUCUCUAGAUUCUUAAUGAAAGAAUGUUUUAACAUUUUCAAAUUCUCUUUUAAAAAAAGAUUAACAGGAAUCUAAGCCAUAUGACAGAUGCGGCAACCCCUUUGAAGUCUUUGUUCUGUCUAUCUUGAACUUUCACACCUGAUAUGAAAAUCGAAUUUUUCACACCUGUAAUUAGCACCUUUUCUAUUGAGCAAAUAUUGGCCUUGUUCGGCCUUUGGGAAGACAUUUUUCUAUGAUCUCCGAGUAACUAGGUAAGAUAGGUGUGAAAAAAGGUGAUUUUUAUAAAAUAAAAGACCUCGAAAAAGCGGCUCCACUUUUGACCAAACUAAAUUAUUUUCGCAUCGAAAUUAUUUUUGCAGUUUAAAAACUGAUUACAAGAAAAAUCCUUCUGAAAAUAUUACUUCUAAUCGGAACCGAUGACUUGUUUGAAACUUGAAAAUUGAAAUUUCAAACAUUCGAGACUUCAAAAAAAAAGCCGAAAAUCAUAAAUCAAAAAAGCCGCAAACGAGCAAAAAUACAAUCGGUCGUAAACUAAAAGCGUCCGCGUCGGUCUUGAGCUAGGUCAUGUCAAGAAAAAAAAAUCUGUAUACAGUAUAUUUUCAGUUGGAUAACAUGUUCAUGUUUGUGGUGGCUCUCGACCGAUUUUUCGCAGUUUUGAGCCCUUUGAAAUACGCCGGGAUGGGAUUUCGGUACACGGCCACGCUCAUUUGUAGUGAGCAUUUUUUUGCCAAUUUUUUUAAAAAUCUUAAAAAAACGAUAAUUUCAUUUAUUUUAUCAUUAAAAUGUUUCGAGAUCAUUAAAAAAAGAGAUUUAAUCUUUACAGUUUCAUUUUUCUGAAUGUUUUGAAGAUAUCACAAACUUCAUUCUUCAACUUUUUUUUCUUCGAAAAAAAUCGGAACAAAUUUUCGGAAAAUAAUUUUUUUUCAGUGCCAUUCCUCGGGUCGCUCAUUGGAUGCAUUAUGAAUAUUAUUUCGAUACAUUUCGAGCCUCCAACUUUAUUCGACCACCUCUGUCCGCUGUAUAAUGUAAGUUUUCUUCAAAAUUUUCAUCAGAAAAUUUAGAAAAGCUCAAUCAAAGCCCAAAAAAAGAUUCUCUAUACUUCAAAAGCCAACAUCAGAAAAUCCGUCAGAGAGUGGAAAAAGAUAACGCAUUUUCGGAGAGCCAGAGAAAAUUUCGCGAAAAUCACUUUGAAAACCGCCUCAAGAAUCAUUAGCACUCUGAAAUAUUUCAAUACGAAAUUUUCAAUUUAUCCGUUUUUUUUUCAAUUCUGCAAUAUGAAAACCAUUUUUCAUUAGCCAAUACUUGAAAAGAAGUCCAGCGCCUUCUCAGAAACCUUUUCCGAAACCAAAGUCCGAAAUUUACAGACAAUGCGAAAUGAGUUCCGGCUUUACCUGGCCGGCGAGCGGAUAUUUUGCGUCGCCGUCGGCUCAAUCAUCUACGCUUACAUUUAUUUCUCCAUGCGCAAGGUUUUUCCGAAAACAUUUCAAGACCACUUCUAAGAAUUAUUUCCUAAGAUUUCGCGAAAAACAAUUGCUUUUAACCGGCAAAGAUAUUGAAAUCAGAAACUUAAAGAUGAUUACAGAAGAAACAAACAGUGAGAAGAUCAUCGAAAGACAGUGGAAUGAAGAAUUUGACAAUAACUAUCGGUAGAAAAAAUAUCCCAAGACUUCAAAAAAAAAAAAAUAUCUUCAGGAAUGUCAACAACCGCGUCUUGUUUCCUGAUUCUGAUACCAGACAUCGUUUAUCAUUUCCAGCCCUUUGGCUUCCAAAUUUCACAUGUCCUUUAUUUCGCCUUUUUCCUUCUCAAAGUAAGCAGUUUGAAAAACAAUUUCAAAUAAUGGAAUAUUCAGAUGAUCGCCAACUUCUUCAUAUACACUCUACGACAUCGAGAAUUGAUCAAACAUUUAUCGAAAUUUCUUCCGAGCAAAUUCGACAAAAACAGGCUUUUUCACAUUCAACCGUCUCGCUCCAAGUUAUCGCAACAGCCGUAUAAUCCGUCAAAUUCUUAA